GACGAGUGGACAUUGGCCUCGGCCAUAGUGCAAGGGAGAACUGCUCAAGCCUGCUGGGCGAGUGGACCUCGCUCUUUCACUUGGGCCGCUUCUGGAUCUGUACGCGGACGCCCACGCACUGCUUGGCCUUCGUCUCCGCUUCUCUUGCGCUUUCGACUCCUGCUAGCUGGCGGGGCGGCUCGCCUCUCGCGCCACAAUGGAGGUCGAGGACGACGACAACACGGCGGCGCCGAGCGCGUGGCCGAGUUCAUCCAGGCGUCGCCACCUCCUCCAGUUCCUUCUCCACGCCUCCAUGAGGCUCGACCUCCGGCCCAUCGUCAAGUACGCCGCGCUUACCUUCUUCGCUGGACGCUUCCUCCCGGCACUCCCGAGGAAGAUGGGGUUCUGCGGCGCGCGAAGCGGCCGAAUAGUCAGGUCCUGGCUCCUCGAGCCCCUGAGGGACAGCAAUCUCGAGCUAUUCGCGCUCGUCGCGGUGUGGAUUGCCAGCAAGAUCCACGAUCAGAAGCCAAUGUCAGUGAAGAGCCUCAAAGCCCUGGGUGAUCGCAUCAUCGCCGACCAGCAUUUCAUGUGCCGUGAUUUUGCCAGUGCCGAAUUGGUGUUCUUGGAGGUAGUGGAACACAACAUUGGAUUUUCAAGCAUUUGUUUCAUAUACCUGGAGGAGCUUCUCAUGCAUUUCAGGGAAAUAUCAAAAAUAGGCGAACUUUUGGAUCUGGAUGUGUGCAUGGAAAUUUUGGACAUUCUGUAUGAAACGGAAGAUACCUCGUUACUUUUUAAUUGUCCCUGCUCACUUGCUGCUUCCACUCUUGUUGCUGCAUAUGCUAUAUCAGUUCCUAAGCAAACAUGGGAGUUUCCAAUCCUUCCUUGGGUUACCUUUUGCAGUCAGGUUUGCUACAUCAUACGAUGAAGAGGAAAUCAUGAAGAUUGUUCUGACAAUUCUCCUACAUGUGCUUAAACUGGAUGGUAUCGAAGAGAAGGGCAAGGGACGUUUUGAUGCCAGAUGUUUGUCGUGAGUAUGUGAUAUGUAGAGCACGAGAUUGUGCCCCAAUUUUGCCUUUUGAGUUCUGAAGUAUUAACCAUCUAACUGACCGUGUGCAGCAGAUACAUGCUUUUAGAAGACACUGUAGCUAGUUUUUGACAGGCGGUUUUGAGAUUGAGAUGCCCAUAAUAGUUAUGUGAACUAAAACUAUAUGAUCAAGGGAGUGCGCGUAAGCGCCUUGCAAUGGAAUUCUGUAUUGGAUGUA